UCCCUAACAUUCCCUAAACGUUCUGUGUUAGUGGAGAACACUUUUGACAACUCUGUUUAUAAGGUAUUUUAGUUUGAAAUUCCCUGAUCUGGUCACAUGGUCGUUCAAGAUGGCCGCGCCCUGGAGCGACGGAGUGUAGGAGCAGAGUGUUGUGCAAACAGGUUUAAAUGACAGUUGGAGCUGCAGGUCGCAACUGACAUCUGAGAGAGAGACAGAGGAGCGUCUGAGCAAGCCUGUCACCUCCUCAUUCCCGCCGACAUGAGCAAGGACGGUUUAAUCCUCCCCAAGGACUUCCCCCAGCUCCAGAACGAUACUUUCCUGCGAGCAGCACGAGGAGAAGAAGUUGAACAUGUCCCUGUCUGGUGUAUGAGACAGGCUGGAAGAUAUCUACCAGAGUUCCGUGAGUCCAGAGCAGGGAAGGACUUCUUUGACACAUGUCGGUCCCCAGAGGCCUGCUGUGAGCUCACUCUACAGCCUCUGAGGCGUUUUCCCCUCGACGCUGCCAUCAUCUUCUCAGACAUCCUGGUUAUCCCCCAGGCCAUGGGUAUGGAUGUCCAGAUGGUGGCAGGUAAAGGUCCCACAUUCCCAGACCCCCUGAAGGAGCCAGAAGAUCUGCAGCGUCUGCAGGCUAAAGUGGACGUGGACAAAGAGCUGGGCUACGUCUUCAAAGCCAUCACGCUGACCAGGCACAAGAUAGAGGGCAAAGUGCCGCUCAUAGGAUUCACUGGAGCUCCGUGGACCCUCAUGUCCUACAUGAUUGAAGGCGGAGGCUCCAAGACCUUCUCUAAGGCGAAGCGUUGGCUCUACAGACACCCUGAGGCCAGCCACAUGCUGCUGAGGAUGCUGACCGAUGUGAUCGUGGAGUAUCUGCUGGGGCAGGUGGCAGCUGGAGCUCAGGCUCUGCAGGUGUUUGACUCCCACGCUGGCAUUCUGGGUCCGGUGGAGUUUCAACAGUUCUCUCUGCCUUACCUUCGAGACAUUGCUCGCUGCGUCAAAGAUAAACUCAAGGAGGCAGGAAAGGACAUUCCCAUGAUUGUGUUUGCAAAGGAUGCUCACUAUGGUCUGGAGGAUCUGUCUCAGUCUCAUUAUGAGGUGGUUGGGCUGGACUGGACCAUUGACCCACGAUCAGCACGGGAGCGCACAGGAGGGAAGGUCAGCCUACAGGGAAACAUGGACCCUUGUGCUUUCUACGCUCCAAAGGAGCGCAUUUCAGACAUCGUGAAGAAGAUGUUGGAGGGUUUCGGCACGAGGGGCUACAUCGCCAACCUCGGCCACGGCCUUUACCCCGACAUGGACCCGGAGAGCGUGGCCGCCUUCGUCGAAGCUGUGCACCAACACUCUAAACAGAUGAUCAAACAAAAGUAAAGACGGAUGUGUCGGCGUGACGGAGUGUGUAUUCCAAAAGAUGUUGUUGAUAGUGAUGGAAAGAAUUUACAAUAAUGCAUUAUGUUAUUAAAAACCUUAAACAUUUA